CAUCCUUCAAUCGGAUGCAAACUUUGGCAUGGGAUGGCCUGCCACUCAAAUUAUAGGCAACAAUUCCCUCCUUUUCCUUCAAGGAUCAUCACAUGCAAGGAUUAGAGGCUUAGUUGUGAAGAUCAUUAAUCAACCUGAUGCUCUCCGCAAGAUAGCCAUUAUGGUCCAACCAAGAAUAGUUGCAGCCCUUCGACUAUGGUCAGAGAAAGGGAGAAUUGUAGCAUUGCAAGAAGCUAAGAAGGUUACUUUUGAAAAUAUUGGGAAGUACUUUUGCGGGUUCGAGCCAGGACCCCAUUUGGAUACACUUGAUCAACUAUUUGUGGGUAUGAUCAAAGGAGUUAGAAGUCAACCAAUUAAAAUUCCAGGGACUGCUUAUCAUCACGCCCUCCAGUGUCGGAAGAAAGUCAUGACAAUUUUGACCAAGGAGAUAAAUAAGAGAAAGUUUGAAGGCAAUGCUGCAAGAGCUGAGUUUGAUUUGUUGGACCAACUCUUGAACCUAAAAGAUGACGAUGGUCACCAAUUACAAGAUGAAGAGGUGCUUGAUAACAUUGUGGGCCUAAUAAUUGCUGGCUACGAAUCCACUUCACUUUCAAUUAUGUGGAUUUUGUAUUAUCUCGCCAAGUACCCUAAUGUACUCAAAAAGCUACGGGAGGAGCACAUAAAUGUUGGUACAAAUGGUGAUUUCAUUACACGUGAUGGCAUUCUGAAAUUGCAGUACACAAACAAGGUAUAUGUGCACCAAGAUUAUAUGACAGAGAUUAGUUAG